AUGCCUCCAGAGCAGCUCACUGGCUGCAUCCUUUUGUUCACAUUCCUUUGUCUGCCUGGGCUGGUUGAAGCAGUCACAAGGACAUACUAUAUUGGGAUUGUAGAAGAACUGUGGGACUAUGUACCUCAAGGGAAGAAUGUUAUUACAGGGAAAAGUUUCUCAGAAGACAAACUUGCCACUCUAUUUCUCAAAAGAGGACCCAACAGGAUUGGAAAUGUUUACAAAAAGGCUAUUUACAAACAAUACACAGAUGAGACCUAUUCCAAGGAGAUUCCCAAACCUCCCUGGCUUGGAUUCCUAGGCCCCAUCUUGAGGGUUGAAGUGGAUGAUGUGAUUGUCAUUCAUUUAAAGAAUUUUGCUUCUCGACCUUAUUCCCUGCAUCCACAUGGAGUUUUCUACAAAAAAGAUUCAGAAGGAGCUCUAUAUCCUGAUGGAACAUCUGGAAAAAAUAAGGAUGAUGACAUGGUUGCUCCUGGUAAAAAUUAUACCUAUGUUUGGCCUGCAAGGGAAGAAUAUGCUCCUACUUUUGCAGAUGCCAACUGCCUGACCUGGGUUUAUCAUUCUCACAUUGAUGCACCAAAGGACAUAUGCUCUGGAUUAAUAGGGCCACUACUAGUUUGUAAAAAAGGAAUUUUGGCUAAUAAUCCAGCAAUCAGAACUGAUGUUAAUAAAGAAUUUAUAGUGAUGUUCACACUAGUUGAUGAAAAUCAAAGCUGGUAUCUGGAUGAAAACAUCAGAAAUUUCUGCACUGCUCCUGGAACAGUUGACAAAGAUGAUGCUGUUUUUCAAAGAAGCAAUAAAAUGCAUGCUCUUAAUGGCUAUCUUUUUGGAAACUUCCCUGAGCCAGAGAUAUGUGUGGGGGAUUCUGUGUCAUGGCACUUAUUUGGGAUGGGGAAUGAGAUUGACAUCCACUCUAUCUACUUUUAUGGGAACACCUUCAUCAGCCGAGGACAUCGAACGGAUGUUGUCAACCUGUUCCCAGCUACUUUCCUUACCACAGAAAUGAUAGCUGAAAAUGCUGGGAAGUGGAUGAUUACCUGUCAAGUCAGUGACCAUCUACAAGCGGGUAUGCUUGGACAAUAUAAUGUCCAAGCAUGCACAAAUGAUAUUCAUCAAUCCACACUGACAGGCCAGGAGAGAAGUUAUUUUAUUGCUGCAGAAAAAAUUCUUUGGGACUAUGGUCCUCAGGGCUAUGAUAAAUACAGUGGCCUGCCCUUAAAUGCUACUGGCAGUGAAUCUGAGCCCUUCUUCACACAAGGGGAAACUAGGAUAGGAGGAAAAUACUGGAAAGUUCAGUAUGUGGAGUAUAGUGAUGCAACUUUUACCAGAAGAAAGAACCGAUCUGGGGCAGAAAUCCAUCUUGGAAUACUUGGCCCAGUCAUCAAAGCUGAGGUGGGUGAUACAAUAGAAGUGACUUUUGCCAACAAAGCAGAUAGGGUCUAUAGCAUUUUGCCCCAUGGUGUGAUCUACAACAAGGCAUCUGAUGCAGCCCCAAACCUUGAUGGGUUUCAGAAGAUGGGAGCCUAUGUUAAACCAGGUGAUAAAUUCACAUACAAAUGGAUGGUGCCUGAAAGCGUAAGCCCAACAGUUGAUGAUCCCCCCUGUUUGACAUAUAUGUACUUUUCAGCAGUGGAUCCAAUCAAGGACACAAGUUCUGGUCUAAUUGGGCCAUUAUUGGUCUGUAAAAGGAACACUCUACAAGAUGAUGGAACACAGAAAGGAAUAGACAAAGAAUUCUAUCUGCUCUUCACAGUGUUUGAUGAAAAUCUGAGCCAGUACCUGGAUGAAAAUAUUCGCAAGUUUACCUGGCGACCCUUUGGUGUUGACAAAGAGGAUAAAGAGUUUGUGAAAUCCAACCGAAUGAAUGCGGUAAAUGGUUAUAUGUUUGGCAAUCAGCCAGGUCUGGAUAUGUGCAAAGGUGAUAAAGUUUCCUGGCAUAUGAUUGGAAUGGGUACAGAUACAGAUAUGCAUGGAGUUUAUUUUCAAGGGAAUACUAUUCACCUGAGAGGAACUCACAAGGAUACUUUGGCCCUAUUUCCACAUAUGGCUACAACAGCAUUUAUGCAGCCAGACCGUCCAGGCAUUUUUAAGGUGUAUUGUAGCACAAUGGAUCACUUUACAAAAGGUAUGAAACAAAUAUACGAAGUCAGUGGCUGUGGCAACAAGGCAGCUUUGGAGAAGCCCUAUGGGAUGAUAAGGACUUUUUACAUUGCUGCUGAAGAAGUAGAAUGGGAUUAUGCACCUAACAAAAAUUGGGAGUUUGAAAAACAGCACUUGGAUGCAGGAGGAGAAAGAUAUGGGGACAUAUUUAUGAACCGUACUGAAAACUGGAUUGGUUCUCAGUACAAGAAGGUGGUUUAUAGAGAAUACACCAAUGCAGAGUUUGUGGAAAUUAAAGCCCGUUCCCCCCGGGAAGAGCAUUUGGAAAUCUUAGGCCCAUUGAUUCGAGCAGAGGUCGGUGAUACCAUCCUCAUUGUAUUUAAGAACAAAGCCACCAGACCAUACUCCAUAUCAGCUCAUGGUGUAGAAGACGUGAAUAGUGGGGAAAAAUUUGCAGUGCCAAUCACAAUGCCAGGAGAAGUCAAAACAUACCAGUGGAAUAUCCCUAAAAGGUCAGGGCCAGGCCCCUCUGACCCAAAUUGUAUCCCUUGGGCCUACUACUCAACAGCAAAUUUUAUGAAGGACACUUACAGUGGUUUGAUGGGUCCUUUGAUAACUUGUAGAGAAGGAGUGCUGAAUGAAAAGGGACUAAGAAGUGAUAUUGACUAUGAAUUUGCCCUUUUGUUUUUGGUGUUUAAUGAAAACGAAUCCUGGUAUCUGAAUGAAAAUAUCAAAAAGUAUCUCAAUAAGGACCCACGAAAAUUUAAGCACACAGAUGAUUUUGUGGAGAGCAACAAAAUGCAUGCUAUUAAUGGAAAGAUAUUUGGAAAUCUCCAUGGUUUAAUAAUGAAUGAAAAUACGAUGACAAACUGGUACCUAUUGGGAAUAGGAAGUGAAGUUGACAUACAUACCGUUCAUUUUCAUGCAGAAAGUUUUCUUUUCAAGUUGGAUAAAUCUUUUCGUGAAGAUGUGUAUGAUCUCUUUCCUGGGACCUUUCAGACCAUUGAACUAAUUGCAGAUCAUCCAGGAACAUGGCUUUUGCAUUGUCAUGUAUCUGAUCACAUCCAUGCAGGCAUGGAAACAACAUAUACUGUCUUCAGAAACUUAGAUAACAGGAUUCCUUAUUCCACGAAGCCCUCUUCUAAAGAAGAACCAAUCCCUCCCACUGUGCCUACUGAUGGAAUCAAUAAUGAAAAGAUACAUUUCUUUGGCAAAAAUCUGGCUCCCAGAGCAGCAAAGGCAGCUUUGGUCAUCCUUUUUAUCAUCGGCCUCCUGCUCUUCCUAGUAGUCAUUUCUCUCUUUCUCAUUCUCCGAUCUCUGAGAAACCGGAUGGAUUACCGAGCUAUUCAGACUUGUGCACUUCCCACUGAUGCUUUGUAAACUGCCCUUCCUCAGCCAGCAUGCAUGAAAAGCAGUCAAGCUUCACCCUUAGAUGGGAAAAAAACAGUGCAACAAGAUUAUAUAAGGCAACGUUUACAAUAACAAAACAGAUACUGUAUCCUAGACCAGGCAUCUGAUGCCCUCAAAAUAUAACUGAAAGCAAUUUGCUUUUAUCUAUUGAAAUAGGUUAUGAUUAAUUCUCAGGGAUAAAUACAUACACAUACACACAAAUACACAAGAUAUUAUCUCAGACGAGAAAAGUCUACUUCAAGGCUGUCCUCUAAGUGAUGAUGCCAAAAAGAUGUCUCCAUUUUCAAUUUUUCUACUCUAGAGUUCAAGCUUUCCUAGCUAGCCAUCAAAUUUAGUUCCUAGAUGAUUAAAGGGUCACUUACAAAGUACCAGAAAGCAUUGUAGCAAUCCAAUGAGAUGGCCCUGAUUUUUCCCACAUCCAAUUAGAUUGUUCUCUAUGAUAUUCAAGAAAAGUCACUACCUACUGAAUCUUCAGGAUUUAUUUUAAAGCAUCUGCUGGCAGAAUAUGAUCUAAUAAUGAGUCUUCUUUGCUCAAUAAGCCAGUGCUCCUAAUUUUUCUUUUUCACCUGUUACAUCAACAGACUCUGCAUUGGUUAGUUAUCAAAAGUAAAGUUAUCAGGGUUUUUUGUUUUAUUUUCUUUUUGAAAAAAAAAAUUGCUGCUUGCUUUAUGCAAACUUUUAGUCAUACUUGAAGGUUUACAAAUUUACUUAAUACUAAAUAUUUUGACAAUAUAUUUCUGUUGCAAGGUUUGUAUUUUUUUAAAUCAACUUCAUAUUUAUGCUUAGAAAAGUAGGAUUUUUAGAAUCUGUGAAAUAAUAGGCCAGGUCCUCUCACUUGUGUCUGGCCUCCCUGUGCAGCAAAAUGUAGGGGGUUUCAAACAGACCAUAGUGGGAAUUUCAGAAAUGGAGGGUUGCUGCCCAGCAGAAGAGUUCAGUACUUAAUAUUUGAGUCUGAUUUUCACUGAGUUUAGGAAAUCAUUCCAAAGCUGCAUUUUUGAUUGCAAUCAAAAUAGAAUGAGAAAUAAUAUAAGACAAUUCAUCUAUGUGACUGACUUCUCACCAACCAUAAAUUUUAUGCCUUUAAAGACCAGGAGCUUUGGGGGAGGAAUAAAAAGAAGAGAUUAGGGCAAGCAGCCAAGAGAAGGAAAAGUUUAGAAAGAAGAGACUUCUGAAAGGAAUUCCUUUUAUAUUUUUUAAAAAGCUUUGUUUUAUUUUUAUUUAAAAAGCUUUGUAGAUUAGUAUUGAAAUUUUAUAGGCCCAACCAACUUCCUAAUUAACUGAACACUUUCUACACCUUAUUUCCUAUUACUGGGGAAUAAAUAAGAGAGAUAAAAGCAAAAUUCUUUACCAUUAGACUAACAAAUCAUUACUUACUGGAGUUUCUUGACUCCCUGCAAAGUAGUUAAGUGUAUUGGUAGCAUAUCUAAGUUAAGAGUAGAUCAAACGAAUAUGGGAGUUACUGAGGAAUACUUAUAUGUAAAUUGUGGUGAAGGGAUAUUUUAUUUAUAUUCUUUUGCAUCUAUGGGUUGGGGUUAGAAGCAGGAAGUAGGAUAAUUAAAGAUAGUUAUAAUAACACCAAAAAUUUUAACAAUAUCUGAAUAAUUAUUAAGUCUAUAAUGUCAAUCAGGGAACCUCAAUUAUUCUCAUCUCAGAUUCUCACUUAAUCAAGAGCAAAAAAAAUGAUAUAAUAUAUUCUAAUAAGUAAUGUGAUAGCAUGGUCUUCACUAGCAAAUUCUGUGAAUGCUGUGAAAUUACUCAACAAAAGAAUUUAUAGUAAUGAUGAUAACAAAUGUAUUUUUAAUGUAAUACCCUUCAUAAGUUUUUAUCCUUUAGAAUAAGCAAUUUUGAUAUAUUCUUUCUUUUCAUCUGAUUUAAUUCUAAUGGAACUAUAGGUAUAAAAGAUUAGUUUAUUUCUUUCUAAUACUCUAUUUAAUAAAGGUUGAUAUAAUAAUAGAUUGUAAUGUACAUGGUUUAUUUUGCUUAAUCACCUAGACAGAAAGAUAGUGUUCCAAUUAGUAAGAGUGGAGUUGGGGUUUGUAUGUAAGGUCCUUAUGGCAGAGGACAAAAACUAACAUAAAAAAUAGGCAAUGUAGAAUAACAUAUUGACUUGAGGUUGAUCAGAAGAUUGGUGUUUAAGUUUCACUUUUACCAUUUACUAAUCAUUUUCACAAACAGAUCACUUAUUCUUUAUGAGUUUCAGUUUCCCCACUUGAAAAAAUAUGGAUAAUAAUAACAUUAAUGUAUAUAAAUUACUUCAUAACCACUAAGUAUUCUUUAAAUUGUUAGUAUUUUAAAUGGGAAAAUAAUAUGGCAGAACUAGAUAUAGAUCAACAUCUUACACUGUACCAAUUCUACCAAUAUAAGAUCAAAAUAGCCACAUGAUUUACACAUAAAGGGUAAUACCAUAAGCAAAUCAGAAGAGCAUGGAAUAGUUUAUUUGUCAUAUCUACAGAUAAGGGAGGAAUUUAGUACCAAAGAAAAUAUAGAGAGCAUUACAAAAUAUAAAACAGAUAAUUUUAUUAUGUAAAAUUUA